CUUAGCGAGAUGCAGAGCACUAUGAUUCCACUGAACGCCCAGCCUGAUGAUGGCAGAGUAGCAGGGGCAGUGGUGGUGUCCAUGCCUGAGCAUCCACCUGAUUACAUAGUGUGGUCAGUUGCCAACAUCUUUUAUGGAAACCCGUGCUGUCUGGGUCUGCUCGCCUUUUAUUACUCCAUCAAGUCUAGAGACCGUAUGCUGGUGGGGGACACGACGGGAGCUAGGUUGUAUGGUUCCAAGGCGUGUAUUACCAACGGGUGUACGCUUGCGCUUAUCAUUAUCCAAAUCAUCCUCAUCAUAGUGUUCUUUGUGAUGGUAAAAUAUGAAGUUGUUGCAGAGGUCACAGAGGACACUAAAACUAUGAAUGUGUUACAGGAACUCUACUACAACAUGCUGUACUCCCCCACAGUCAUGGCCUCACUCCAAUAG